CUUUUGUGUCAGCGGUAGGAAGCUCGCAGUCAUCACAUGGCAUGCUGGAGGUUACGCUUCGAGUCGCUUAUCGAAUUUGUGUGCAUUCACGUGGACACGGCCUGUGGAGCCUUCUGCACAAACCUUGGUUGCCUCGAUUCUUCACUGCAGCGGCGCCUCUGCCGAGAACAACAACCCGCCGGGCGUCCUGCGGCCACACCCUGGCGGGCCCAGGCUGGUUACGCCCACGCGGCCCCCUCCGGUCCGGUCGGUGUGGCCAAUGGAGGAGCUACGAAUGGCACGACCUGCCCGAGCUUGGCAGUCGCCGGUGGUACCGGGCUUGGACGCCUGGGAAGACUUUGUUGGAAGGGGAGGCGGGGAGAGGGUGCUGCACCCAUGCCAACCUCUCUGUUUCCCUGGAGUCGCCGAACCCCAGCGCAGCCAAUUGGCUCAAAGAUGUGGCGGGUUGCCUGUUCCCUAUGGGUCUAUGCGGCACUCUUCUGCCUAGUGACUGACACCUUGGAAAUGAAGCUUAUGACGUCAUCGCUCCAGUCAACCAAUAGAAAGCGCUCCCGCGGAGAGGUGUUCCUCCCCUUUCGACUCUGCUUCUUCACGCGCGUGAGCGAGCGUGCGCGCGCGGAGGGGGUGGGGGAAAUCUCGAGCACGGUGGCGCGCAUGAGCGACGAAGCUCCUCCUCCCUGCCUAUAUAUAAAGGGCUGGCGCGGGGCUCGGCGGCGCCAUUUCGCGCUGGAGUGGAGCAGCCUCUAGAACGAGCUGGAGGAUUCUGCCUACUGAUAGAGAGCCUUCGAGUCGUCGGGGGCCGCCAUUGCAAUCCACGUCCAUCCGUUUGGAAAUGGCCUUCGUCUCGGCCUAUGACCGGCCCCGGCGGACAGUGCAGACCCCAUAGAAGCCCCCGACGCUCCCCUUUUUCGGGCCCCGCCCAAUCCUCGGAGUCUGUCCACCCCCUCUACUCCGCCCUCAAGAGGAUUUCAAAGAUGGAGGCGGCGGCUCCCUAAACCACUUUUCGUGUUCAUCCGCCUCCAUCCGAGAUCGAAACGGGACCUCGUCCGCUGCGGGCAGUCCCAGCAGGAAGAGGGGAUCCUUGCAGAUCAACAACGGGCAAUAUUGACGACGGUGUCCGGGAUUGGGGGCGUCCUAGUGUUUGAGGAGUCUGUCCCCCCUCGCUCGCCCGCCUCUGCUGAGGCCGCCGCCAUUUUCUCACCGUCCGCCUCCCGCGGAGCGCGCCAAGCUGCUGGGAGCUCUCCGAGAAGCAGCGAAGAAGACUGUUUUCGCGCCGGCCCGGUGGGGGGGUUAUCGCCUGGAGGGCCAAGGGCAGCGGCCCUCCACCCCCCCCCCCCGCACUUCCCGGGUUAUGCUGGACCGGGCGGUAAGGGGAACCGAGGCCAUCCGGACUUUUCGCGGCUGAGGGCAGUGCCGGUUCCCCGUCGUCAAGAUGCUGCAAAACGUGACUCCCCACAGCAAGCUCCCUGGGGAGGGGAAUGCAGGGUUACUGGGGCUGGGCCCAGAGGCAGCAGCACCAGGGAAAAGGAUUCGAAAGCCCUCCCUGUUGUAUGAGGGAUUUGAGAGCCCCACAAUGGCUUCAGUGCCGGCUUUACAACUGACCCCUGCCAACCCACCACCCCCGGAGGUGUCCAAUCCCAAAAAGCCAGGACGGGUUACCAACCAGCUGCAGUACCUGCACAAGGUGGUGAUGAAGGCUCUGUGGAAACAUCAGUUUGCAUGGCCUUUCAGGCAGCCUGUGGAUGCAGUCAAACUGGGUCUGCCGGAUUAUCACAAAAUAAUAAAGCAACCUAUGGAUAUGGGUACUAUUAAGAGGAGACUUGAAAACAACUAUUACUGGGCUGCCUCAGAGUGUAUGCAGGAUUUUAACACCAUGUUCACCAAUUGUUACAUCUACAACAAGCCCACUGAUGAUAUUGUCCUGAUGGCACAAACAUUAGAAAAGAUCUUUCUACAGAAAGUAGCAUCGAUGCCACAAGAGGAACAAGAGCUUGUGGUGACCAUCCCUAAGAACAGCCACAAGAAGGGGGCCAAAUUGGCAGCACUCCAGGGCAGUAUUACAAGUGCCCAUCAGGUGCCUGCUGUUUCUUCUGUGUCUCACACAGCCCUAUAUACUCCACCACCUGAGAUACCUACCACUGUUCUCAACAUUCCCCAUCCGUCGGUCAUCUCUUCUCCCCUUCUCAAGUCUUUACACUCAGCUGGACCCCCGCUCCUUGCAGUCUCUGCAGCUCCCCCAGCCCAGCCCCUUGCCAAGAAAAAAGGCGUAAAGCGGAAAGCAGAUACUACCACACCUACUCCUACAGCCAUCCUGGCUCCUGGUUCCCCAGCUAGCCCCCCUGGGAGUCUGGAGCCUAAGGCAGCACGUCUUCCCCCUAUGCGUAGAGAGAGUGGCCGCCCUAUCAAGCCCCCACGCAAAGACUUACCUGACUCUCAGCAACAACACCAGAGUUCCAAAAAAGGAAAGCUGUCAGAACAGUUAAAACAUUGCAAUGGCAUUUUGAAAGAGUUGCUCUCUAAGAAGCAUGCUGCCUAUGCCUGGCCUUUCUAUAAACCAGUGGACGCUUCUGCUCUUGGCCUGCAUGACUACCAUGACAUCAUUAAGCACCCCAUGGACCUCAGCACUGUCAAGCGGAAGAUGGAGAAUCGUGAUUACCGGGAUGCACAGGAGUUCGCUGCUGAUGUGCGGCUUAUGUUCUCCAACUGCUAUAAGUACAAUCCCCCAGACCACGAUGUUGUGGCCAUGGCACGAAAGCUGCAGGAUGUAUUUGAGUUCCGUUAUGCCAAGAUGCCAGAUGAACCACUGGAACCAGGGCCUUUACCAGUCUCUACUGCCUUGCCACCUGGGUUGGCCAAAUCCUCUUCAGAGUCCUCCAGCGAAGAAAGUAGCAGUGAGAGCUCUUCUGAGGAAGAAGAGGAAGAAGAUGAGGAGGAUGAAGAGGAAGAAGAAGAGAGUGAAAGCUCAGACUCUGAGGAAGAAAGGGCUCAUAGAUUGGCUGAACUACAGGAACAGCUCCGGGCAGUACAUGAACAACUGGCUGCCCUGUCCCAAGGCCCAAUAUCCAAGCCAAAGCGGAAGAGAGAAAAAAAAGAGAAAAAGAAGAAACGGAAGGCAGAGAAGCAUCGCGGCCGAGCUGGGGUUGAUGAAGAGGACAAGGGAACUCGGGCACCUCGCCCAUCUCAGCCCAAGAAGUCCAAGAAAGCAAGUGGCAGUGGGGGUGGCAGUGCUGCUACACUAGGUCCCCCUGGCUUUGGACCUUCUGGAGGAAGUGGCACCAAACUGCCCAAAAAGGCCACAAAGACCGCUCCACCUGCCCUGCCUACAGGCUAUGAUUCAGAGGAAGAAGAAGAAAGCAGACCCAUGAGUUACGAUGAAAAACGGCAGUUGAGUUUGGACAUCAACAAAUUACCUGGGGAGAAACUGGGUCGAGUUGUGCACAUAAUCCAGGCCAGGGAGCCUUCUUUACGUGACUCAAACCCAGAAGAGAUUGAGAUUGAUUUUGAAACCCUCAAGCCAUCCACGCUUCGAGAGCUUGAGCGCUAUGUCCUUUCCUGCCUAAGAAAGAAACCUCGGAAACCCUAUACCAUUAAGAAACCUGUGGGAAAGACAAAGGAGGAGCUGGCUUUGGAAAAGAAGCGGGAAUUAGAAAAGAGGUUACAGGAUGUUAGUGGGCAGCUCAAUUCCACCAAAAAGCCCCCCAAGAAAGCAAGUGAGAAAACGGAGUCCUCAUCGUCGGCACAGCAAGUAGCAGUGUCACGCCUCAGCGCUUCCAGCUCCAGCUCAGAUUCCAGUUCCUCCUCUUCAUCGUCCUCUUCUUCAGACACCAGUGAUUCAGACUCAGGCUAA